AUGCUCCAACUUCACAAUAAACAUCUUUCGAAAACUGUCGAUGAACUUCUCGCAAACCAGUUUGGAAUAACAAAAUUUAUGGGUGAAGACUCGGACAUCAUCUUUUACACCGGCUUCCCAAAUUAUCAAACACUACUGGCUUGCUACAAUUUCUUAAAUCCAGCGGAAAAUGGUGAGAACAUUGUUUACAUCACUAGUGCGAACGACGAGUUAGAGUUUCCGGCGUUUCCAACCAAUGAGAUUAACCGGGGAAACAAACCCGGCAGACGUCGGAAACUAAGUACUCUGGACGAGUUUUUUUAUCGUCCUUAUCAGAAUGAGGCUUGGAUUAUUUGAACUUGAUUUGGCCCAUAGGUUCAGGGUGCAUGUAUCUACAAUUAACAGAAUUUGCAUAUCCUGGAUCAAUUUUCUGUACUUAAAAUUCGGUCACCUCAACAUUUGGCCAGACAGAGAGACAAUAGAUAAAGCAAAGCCCCAGUCUUUCAAGGAUAAGUACCCCAAAACAAGGGUUAUUAUUGAUGGGACAGAAAUCAAAUGUCAAACCCCUUCCUCUUUGGUUCUGCAUAGUGAAACUUUCUCUACGUACAAGAGUCAUACGACAUUUAAAGGUUUGAUUGGCAUUGCACCGAGUGGCCAUAUAACAUUCAUUUCGCAACUUUAUGCUGGGAGCAUUUCAGAUAGAGAGUUAACUGCCAGGUCGGGGCUACUCAGCUUACCUUUUUCCCGUGGUGAUGUAGUAAUGGCUGACAAAGGCUUCACUAUUUCAGAUCUUCUGGAGCCCAUUGGUGUUGGCUUGAAUAUCCCCCCAUUUCUUGGUUUAAGAAGUCAACAGACCCCUUCAGAAGUUAUUGCGACUCAGGAAAUUGCGUCCGAGCGUAUUCACGUGGAAAGAGCGAUAAACAAAGUAAAGAAUUUCCAAAUUUUUAAUCAAGUCAUUCCACUGUCCUUAGCUGGUAGUCUAAAUCAAAUGUGGACUGUUUGUGCUGUGCUGACAAACAUGCAAAAUCCAAUUAUUUCAUAGCAUGUAUUGUAAAGAGGUGUACAAGUACAGGUACACUAAUGAAAACUCAAGUUGAGUUAUUGUCUAGGGGAGAACGUACACAGGAAUACUUGCUAUUAAACGGUUUAAGUUUAGUAUACAAAAUAUUGUUUGCAAAUAUUUCGCUGCAUUUAAAUAGUUCAGAUCAUGCUUCUUGUCAAAAAUUAAGUGGACCUAUUAUUUAGGACGUGCUUAUACUGCCUGUAGCUGUUGUAGUAGCAGUUAAAACGGUGCACGCUGUUGUUACAGCACAUGCUCCAGCUGGCACUGCUUGUGCCUUGAAAUAUGCAGCAUAGUGCUUAAAGAAAAAUUGUUCCAAUUUCAACAGCAUAGAAGCAAAAAAUUCAGGAUCAAAAUAAAUACGUUCAAUGACCAUCCCCUUGAAUGUAUAAGUGACAAAGUCACACCACUUAGCCCAUGUAAUUCCCAUUUGCCUCUGAACCUGAUAAUAAUAUUUGUGCGUCGUCUUAAGCGAUGGAAAGUCAUCCUUUUUUUCAAGAUGAAAUUGACUGUCACCGGCACAUGCUGUCUCAGGAGUGACAUUCCUGUGUUUGUACGGACAUUUAAUUUCAACGAUCCCGUAUGGGCGAUUCUCUGUUACGUCAAUAACCUUCCCAUCAGGUGAGCAACCGAGGAAGGGGAAGGCAGGGUUUACAACAAAGCCUGAUGGAAAGGUCUUUACGGGAUGUCCACUGUUUACAAGGUAGUUCUCAUACUGUUUCAGGGCCCUGCUUUCAUUUUCAAUGCCAUGCUUUAGGGGAGCUGGUACAUUUCUUGAGUCGACAGGCGCAUUUUGAUCGCUAA